GCGAGGAGAAGGCGCGGCUCCGCUCGCUGGCGGCAACAGCGUUGGGGAAACAUCUCUUCCAGGGUUGUUCCGGCUGAACGGCGCGACACCUCUGGCACCCAGUCUGAAUGAAAAUGCUUGACUUGGACGCGGUGGGUGAAGUCAGUGAGUUUAACAUCUGCUCCAGCCCCGGCUACACCUGCCUGGCCGGCGGCUGCUCGGUCUCGGCUUGCGGUUCGUGUUACACCUGCACCCUCCAGAUGAAGCUCGUCGCCACCAAGCAAUGGUUCCUCCGGGCUGGCGACCUGACCAAGCAGCUGUUUUUGAAAGGGCUGAUCCGGAGGAUUGGCAGCAGGGACCUCUUGCUGCAGGUGGACAGACUCCUGCAGCCGACAUUUGGUAAAGAUUUCACCCACUCUCGCUCAUGUGCUAACCCAAGCCUUCCAGGGGACUUAAGUACGCAGAGCUCGGACCGCAGUUUGAACAAAUCCGCUCUAUGCGAAUAUAUCUCCGACACUUGGGAAUGGUUCGCUAACAGCAGAUACUGGACAAAAGCAAACUACGUUCUGGGAUUACUCCAGUUAUGUGAUGUCAAACUACUUUACCUUCUAGCUAAUCUGGUUCGCGCUCUUAUACUCAGUGAGAAAAUGCCUGACUCCCCUGUAACGAAAGAAUGGGUUAAGCAUGGAGAUACCGUCUCACUGAAUGAAUCAAGAUACAGCUUUAAAACAGACGAACACCCCGAACUGCAGGAACUGGUUGAUAUUUGGCCUCAGUUUACUGUUGUCACUUCUGAUAUAAUGCCUCGUAGCUUCCUCAAUCAACCCACAGAAGCUGUUGAUCAUAUCCAACUGGCAAAGAAGAGAUCGGCAAUAAAGAAGAUGCAUUCACUGAAUGAACCACAGGAUGUAUUCACUGAAACUGAAUCCUCGAUUCCAUUGGUUAUAACCUCUUCUUUUCAGGCAACAUCAGGGGUCAGCAAUUAUAAGGACUUCCUCCGCUGCCUUCCUGUUCACCUUGCAAAAUACAUUCUUGGUUUACUAGACUAUGCAUCUCUCCAAAAUUGCAUGUUUGUGUCAAAACACUGGCAAUAUUUGGCAAAGGAGUUGACUAGAGAUUUGCUGGCCCUCCACUGCAUUUUUGAUGAAGUCUUAAAAUUGCAGAAAUUAGGCAACAUCACAAAAAAGAAAACAGUGGAAAGUAUAAAGAAAAAAAUGAACCAGAAAGCGGAAGGUAAAAGAGGACAGAAAAUAAGAAAGAGAAAAGGGAAUAAACAGGAAACAGACCUAGAAAUAUGCAUCAGGCAACUUGAGAAUAAAGAUGUAUACCUAAACAGGAGAAAGCUGAAGAACAUUUCAGACAGCAGAGGACCACAGGAAAUUGUACCUCAGAAUGUAAGUGCAGUAUAUGCAAAAAUUUGUCACAUUCCAGUGCCAAGAGUAGAUGAAAAUGGAUUCACCAUACCAAUGAAGAAUUUUGAUAAAAUGACUGGAUUAACAGCAGCAUACACUGACAUCUACACUGAUGUGAUACAAAUGGAGGAGAGAAAUGUCUACUGUGGUCCUUAUAAUAUAAAAGUCAUCAAACAGCAGACUGAUCCCAGCAGGGUAAUCCACUACAAUGGGGGAACAAUGAUAGCCAGUGGCUCAUCAGACAGAAAAAUACGAUUUUUGGAUAUCAAUCGUUCCAAAGACAUUACAAAUGUAAUACAGGGGCAUGCCGGAAGCAUCAAGACACUCUUUCUAUGUGAGGAGCGCAAUUUUGUCCUCAGCGGAAGUUUUGACCUCAGCAUCAGACGGUGGAACCUGACGACAGGGUCGUGUAUGACCAUAUACCGUGGUCACAUGGGAGGUAUAACCUCUCUGCAGCUGCACAAGGACAGGCUUGUAUCAGGGGCAAUGGACUGUUUGACCAAAGUAUGGGACCUUGAGCAAGGAAAAUGUCUCUCAAGCCUCAGGCAUAAUAAGCCAGUUCUGUCUGUGGCUGUUAGUGAGAAGAAUGUGAUAAGCAGCUGUGAGAAUGGGGAAAUCCACAUCUGGAACCUGGAAUCAAACUCCAUAGUUAAGAUUCUGAGUGGUCACCAGGGCCCAGUCACGUGUUUGUCUUUCGACCAAUGGCACUUGGUUAGUGGGAGCAAAGAUGAAACUGUUAAGGCCUGGAGUAUGAUUGGCAAAUUUAAUAAAUGUUUAUUGACAUUCAGGCAUCCAAGUGAGGUACUUUGUCUGCAUCAUCUUUACCUUCGGGUACUCAGUGGAUGCAGUGAUGGGAAGAUCAGAAUUUUUGACCUGUACCGUGGCACCUGUCUAAGAGUGAUGAGAGCAAGUGGCCGUGGUGAUCCAGUGCUUUCCUUUUACCUUUCUGAAAAGAGCAUUGUAAUAAACACUGUUGCCACUGUGGUCGCAUUUCACUUUGAGGAUGUCACGUGGGACUAUACAGUGCCAUCUGCAAUCAUCGAAAGUCCAGCACAAGAAGACCUAUUUAAAAUGGCACCAUUGAGGAAACAGCCACACAGUUAUGUUCGUGCUCAGCGCAUGAGAAGAAUUGGUUCAACCAACGAAAAGAUCUAUCAUAGACAGGAGGAGAUCUCACAACAGGGUCUGUCCCAUCAUACACGCUUAAUGUCAAGCCGAUGUAUGCAAGAGGCACAAAGAAUUCAGUCAGGUUCUACGAAAAUUCCAAACUUGAGGGAAUUUCAGUAUCACGGUCCAGAAUCAAUGCUUGUUAACCGGAAAUCAGAAUUUCUAUCCAAACAAUCACCAACUGGUUAUGUGUCCAGCGCCCCAGAAGUGUUCUCUCAAGGAAGAAGUGAUUACACACUGUCCAGCUGUGGGUAUGAUAAAAGGACUGAUUCAUUGUCAAGUGUUUCAAGGUUUCUAUCAGCAAGUGAGCAAGAUACUUUAAAGCAGAUUAAAAAAAACAGGCUGUCUAGGCCAAGAACUUCAGACAACAUCUACUUGACUGUCAGUGCUAUUAAGAACAGCUUUGGAUUUAGUGAAACAGAAAUAAACACUCUCAAUAAUAUUUCACUCUCUGUUGAUUGGGGUCAGCACCAAAAUCCUUUGAAAGAUAUGGAGAGAAGAUUUAUUGCAAAAAAGCACGCAGUUACAAGCGGUAAAAUUAUUGGGAAUGACACUGAAUCAACUGAAGAGUAUGUUGCUAUCCAACCCAUUCUUCACAGUUUCGAUUUUAAAAAGCAAAAACAUAUGCAGAACUUUGCACUUCAAUCCCCCAACACAAAGUGUUUUGCGAUAAAGCCAAUGAUUAAACGAUCAAAAUCAACUCUAGGGUUUGUAGAGCCUGUCCAAUUUUUCAGUCAGAAGAAUAGGCCACAAACUGCAUUUGAAGACAUAAUCAAGAAAAACAAAGUAUCAAAUGAUUCAAAAGAAAGAAAUCAACUCAACGGCUUCUUGGUUCCAAUUUCUACGAUAUCCCCAGUAGCUGCAGAACCAAAAUCUGAACAGAGUGUAAACAUUAACCCAUUUCGAAAUAGGAGUGGCUUCAAACUUCGGACACCAAAACAACGAAAAGAAUACGAGGAAGAAAUAAUUACAGAACAAAAUAUGAACCGACAAAAACUAAAACAGGAAAAGGGAAUAGCUAAUCUGAAGGCAAUAAAGUUCUUGAAAUUGGACAGAAAUUUGCCAAACAGACCAUAGACAGAAUACAGUUGAUAAAGUAAUACAGUAAUUGAGAAGAAACCUUUUGCAAGAUGCAAGGGUAACAUUAUAAAUGUCACUUUGUCUGUCCCCUUUCAUAUAGGUUAUGUUAAAAGUUGACAAAAUAAAUACAUCUGUAAAGAUUUGAAAAAAAAUGAAGGCAGAAUAAUUUGUUGUGAUAAAGAAUGUGCCAGUCUGUAUUAUGAAGAAAUAGCUUAAAAAACAGGGUUCACCAGUAAUGAAUGGGAAGUUUAAAUGCUUCUGCUUGUAUGUUGUUUCUUACUUCAUGGAAACCAGCUAACGUGCAUGGAUACAGUAAUGUGGGAUCAUCUCAAAAUUCGUAUUCUGAAUAGUCAGCAAGUAAUGAUUAGUUCCUACUGUUUCAAUUGGCACUGUAAUGCUAAGAUGGAUGAUAACGACAAUGAUUUGAUAUUGCUUAUAAAUACAUGCAGUUUAUAAAAGGUCAACCAAGAUAUAUUCCUAAGUAGAAUUAAAAUUGUUAAGGACUUAAACCCAGUUAUCUUUGUUACGAGACUUUGCAGAAAGAUUUAUGAAUUGCCAACAAUGAGGGAGCUUGGAUUUGGAAAAAAAACAAUUGAGUGCAUUCUUGGAAACAAACUUCUGUUCCUGUUUUUGCCAGAGACAAGAGGACAAAUCUAGCUCUAUGCAUCUAUAUUUUUGGGGACUACUGCCUUCUUGACUCCUUGGUCCACUCAUCCUUCUACAACCAACUCUCUCUUAUCCCUGGACCUUUCCCCUGCCUUCACAAUGGAUGCAACAUUUGUCCCUGCACUUCCUCCUUCAACACCAUUCAAGGAUGGAAACAGUCACUUCAAGUGAGGCAAACGGUCACAUGUAUCUCCUCCAACCUUAACUACUGCAUUUGGUGUUCCUGAUGUGGCUUCCUCUAUGUUGGCGUGACCAAGAGUUGACUUAGCAACCAUAUCUGCAAUAUCCAUCCCGAGGUCCUAGUUUUAGACCAUGUCAACUCGUAUCCCCAUUCCCACCCUGAUUUGGACAUUUUUGGUCUUUCCUUCUGUCAGGAUGAAGUCUAUAGGAAACUAGAGGACCAACACAAGUUCUGCUGGGACACAACUUAAUGGCAAGAAUGUUGAGUUUCCCAAUUUUAGGUACUAGACCUUGCAGAAAGAUUUUAGGAAUUGCUGGCAAUGAGGGAGCCUAGUUCAGGAAAACCAAUUGAGCACAUGCCCAGAAACAAACUUCUCCUACUCCUUGUUUUUGCCAGAGACAAGAGGACAAAUCCAGAACCUAUAUGUGAGAGCCCAGAUACAACUUAUGGUACACCCAGUAAAGCCUUUAAAAUUGGAAUGAAGUGAUAAUGCAAAAGACAAAUUCAGGAACAAAAAUCAAACAAGGUUCUCUUGCCUGUCACUGAAGACAAGUAAAUAUAUUGCAUUACCAAUUCCCAAAGGUUUUGUGGGCUCAAGUUGAAAAAAAACUGGA